AGCCUUCAAUGAAGGGGCGGGGCGGGUCGCUAGAGCAAGCGAGAGUGGCGCAAACGUUCCUAUCCACUCGAAGACCAGUUUGCUUAAAAAAAAAAACAAACGGCAAUUAAAAGACAAACUUUCCGACCAGCGCUCGAAUUUGGGACGCUUCGUUACCUUUCCUCUCAAACAAAGGCUCCAACAUCCUCUUCCUCAACCUCGUCAUCGUCAUGACUGACAGGAAGGCCGUCAUCAAGAACGCAGACAUGUCGGAGGACAUGCAGCAGGACGCCGUGGACUGCGCCACGCAGGCCAUGGAGAAGUACAACAUCGAGAAGGACAUUGCAGCCUACAUCAAGAAGGAAUUUGACAAGAAGUAUAACCCCACUUGGCACUGCAUCGUGGGUCGAAACUUCGGCAGCUACGUGACACACGAGACCAAACAUUUCAUCUACUUCUACUUAGGCCAAGUCGCCAUCUUGCUCUUCAAGUCGGGCUAAGACCUUUUUUUUUAUCCUUUGUUCCCCUCCCUUUUGGUUAUGUUUUUGCUCCUCAAAGCUAUCUGAGGCUAACGCAUCUCAUUCUCUAAUAAUAAUGACAACAUGAUGUAAUGAUGCAGCGCUGCAUGCGCGACAUCUUUAUUUCGUCUACGUGACAUGAGUUAUCAGUUGCCAGUUCAAUGCAACUCGUACUUCUAAUUUUUGUUAACCUCACUCAAUUCCAUGGUGUUGGCCAGUUAAAAUGGUGGCCGCUGAUCGUGUAACAAGGGAAGGCUGUAGAACGUGCUAGUUUUUAUUUGAAAAGUAUUGAUGGACGUGAUUCUUACAACAAUUAGUGCUAAUUUGUUUACAUGAAGAAAAAAAAAGUUGGAUGAACAUUUUCUUUGACCGUUGUUGACCAGUUUUCGAAUUUGUCAUGUCAAAACAAUGCCACAUCAUAGCAAUUAACAAUUGCAGUGCUCCACUUUGGAUGAAUACAUUUCGCCAUGUUUCUUUGAAAUUUGAUGACUAAUGUCAUAGCUAUCACAAAUAUUCAUCGUAUUGAAUCAUCGUUUCAUCCUAAUGAUUUGGGCUAAUUUUUUUAUUUUUAAAUAAAAGUUCAGAUAUCUUCUAGCAAAUGGUUGUAGCAUUUAGAUUAAUAUGCUUUUUGUUGAUGAAUGUGAACGGUAAAAAAAAAUCUGCAUAUAAAAACUUCAUAACAUCUUAACAAUGACAGCAAAUAUAUUUAUAUUUUCUCAUAUAUUUAACAACGGAACAGCUACUGAGCUUUACUUUGGUUGAGUAUAUCUGAACCUUUUAUAGUUUGUUUGAACAACGAAUAUCAUCAUCAUUUUGAAACAUCUUUCUAUCUUAAUUAGAGCAGUUAUUUUCUUCGUUGCAUCAAAACAUCACAUCUUAAUGAUGAGCGCUAAUCUGUUUAUUGGGACAGGAUAUCUGAACUUUUCUGAUUCAUACGUUUGUGUGACUACUUCCCCCAUAAUGUGAAAAAAAUGUUCUUAAGCACUUUAGUUUGUUGCCACAAACAUCAGCCUUGUUGAAUGAGCCUUUUGCGAGACUUUUUACCAUUUUAUGUUUCUGCAUGUUUUCCUAAUGAAUGGGAGAAUUCUGUUAUCUUUCAUUACGUAUGCUAAUAAAACCAACACACACGACAUAUUGGAUAUAGCCUGAAAGAUUUUUCGUUUAAAAAGUCUGCAGCUAGCUUGGGUCAGGCGCUGAUGUGGUUUAACAUUUCGCCGCGUUUUAGUUCUGUCUGCAAAGACCAAGCAUUUUGACUUUGUACCUCGUUGUAUCCAAAUAACUUGUUUAAUGCAAUGCUAACACAAGCUAAACGUUACUGUUCCUUUUUUUUCUUGUUUUUCUUUUCAAAAAGGAAGUCUUCCUCUUCCUUAACGAAUCGUUUGCCUCCGGCAUGUUGUUGUUGCUGUUGUAAAUAUUGCAGCUGCUCCUCGCACAAAGCGCAUUCGGCUUGGGAACAGUCGCUCAUCAUUUACAAUUAGCUGUAACCAAAACAGCAUAGAAAACACGAGGAAAUAAAAAUAAUUGUUGACUUAUAAA